AUGGUGGCUCCGUUGAAACCCCUUUCCAUUCCCCGAUUGGAAUUACAAGCAGCUGUUUUGGGCAGCCGUUUGCUGUCAUUCGUGCAGGAGAGUCAUAGUGUUAAAGUAAAGCAACGUUUUUUGUGGAGUGACUCCGCAACAGUAUUAGCCUGGUUACGGGCCGAUCAUCGCCGGUAUAAACAGUACAUAGCGUGUCGAAUUGGCGAGCUAUUAUCAACGACGGAUGUAGCAGAAUGGCGAUGGGUACCGAGCAAAAUCAAUCCUGCAGACGCUGCUACGAAGUGGAGUAAAAAUCCGUGCCCAAGUGUAAACGAUGAGUGGUUCAAAGGUCCAGAAUUCCUGCGCCUCCCCGAGAACAUUUGGCCGCAACAAGUAACAUGCUCAGCUCAACCUGAGGAAGAGCUGCGGCCAUGCUUCGUGAUCCAAGGAGGCACAAUUUCGGAUAGCAUAAUAGAGUUUACACGCUUCUCUAAAUGGAGGCGACUCCUAGGUACAGUGGCAUACGUACACCGGUUCAUAAAUAACUGUAGGCGUGUACGUCGUGGAGAAAGGUUUGAGUCCUUACCCUUAAGCCAGGAAGAGUUGAGAAGAGCGAAGAAUACGGUGAUACGGAUGGUUCAACAGCAGGUGUAUCCAGAUGAAAUGGCCUUGCUUUCUACUGGACGACAAGGGUUACCUAAACGAAGUAAUUUAUACCAGUUGACGCCAGCGGUAGACGAGUGUGGAGUGCUGCGCCUAGACGGAAGAAUUGGAGCUGCUCCGUAUGUGUCAUUCGACGCUAAGUUUCCGGUAAUUCUCCCGAGAAAACAUCCAGUAACAAAGUUAAUCGUGGAGGAAUUUCAUCAGAUGUACAAUCACGGCAAUUCGGAAACGGUUGUAAACGAAGUUCGACAAAUUUAUCACAUCGUACGACUAAGGACAGUAGUGAAGCAAAUUGCCGCUUCGUGUCAGUGGUGUAAAGUGAAGAAGGCAAGCCCGAAGAUUCCACGAAUGGCACCACUGCCUUUGGCACGUUUGUCGUCGUUUACUCGGCCAUUUACGUACACCGGAAUCGACUACUUUGGGCCACUGCUAGUGAAACUAGGAAGGAGUGCGGUUAAGCGGUGGAUCUGCUUGUUCACCUGUCUCACCACCCGUGCCGUCCAUGUCGAGGUUGCCCAUAGCCUAUCUACGCCAUCGUGUGUGAAGUGCGUUCGUCGAUUUGUUUGCCGCCGUGGAGCGCCAGCUGAAAUCUACACGGAUAACGGCACCAAUUUUCAUGGAGCAGAGCGUAUGUUGCGUGAGCAACUAGAAAAAUUGCAUAUAGAUACGGCAGCGACCACCUCACAUGGGCGGGGCGUGGGAGAGGAUGGUUCGGUCGAUAAAGUCGGCCAUGGAAGCAGCUUACAGCAGUGA